AUGUUCUUGCAGGGUGUGACGCUUCCAGAUACUAUUCGAGCCCUUACUUCGGAUUUCAAGUUUCAACGAUCACACCCAAAGGCAAUAGCGCUGACGCUCAACGCCUUCGCACGCCACCCAAAGGCAUUACACUACGUUCCUGGGACCUUCUGGAGUGGAGUUGCAGAUGCUGUCAAACGUCUAGGCACGGAGUUCUCCCCGCAGGACGCAGCCGGAUGUGCCCUCUCCAUAACCGGGCUGCUGGCAGCCAACCGUUAUCGCAAUGCCGAUGCCACCGGCAACACCAACACGUCGAAUGGCGUCGAGUGGAUUGACCGCCAAUCGUCACAGAAACUGAAGGCAACUCAAGCUCAGGUUUUGUCAUACGCGGAGCGUAUGAUGCGCCAGCUUGACAUUUUUGCCUUCAAAACAAGGGAUCUAUCAUGCAUCUUGCGGUCGGUGUAUGCCUCCAAGGUCGAGGCGCCGUCACUCAUCAUCGCAACACUUAGUAGGCUGAAGGAGGUCAUACCAGCAUCCCUGAAUGGUAUCGAUGACGCCAUAUACACGUUGGACCUACUACCACCGCCAGACUUCGCCGCAGAUACCGUCGAAAAACGACGCCUCAAACGGGAGGUCGCACGCGCCGAGAAGGCGUUCGUGGAGUGGGUGUUCGAAUACCUCGAGGAACAUCUGGAUUGCCUCAAGGAUCAUGAGCUAGCGCGGCUGGCCGCAGCAUGCAAUAGGCUGAGGUCGUGGUCAAAUGACCAAUUUGUGAUAAAGUUCGCCCAAAGAUGGCAGGAUACGCUUAGGAGCACGGAGGUUAUGCCGCCCAAGUACCUUGCUCACGGAGUGUGCUAUUUCCUCAGGAGGUACGAAGCCUCGGUCACCAGAGAGCUUGCCAACAAAGGCACCGAGGAACAGAAACGAAUCGCACAGGUGUCAGACCUAUGCGCACGUGUAGGUGAAAUGCUGCACGAUCACGCGACUACGCAUUACGCGCCAGAAGAUCUCCGCCGAGUAGACGAGUUGGUGUAUGUGGCCGAGCAGUGCCGCGCGAAGCGCAAAAGCAAUCAGAGCAACACACGCACUUGA